GAUCCUGACGAGAUUGCAAAGGAAGUGGCAAAGCUGCUCGAGAUGAAGGCACAGCUGGGGGCAGAUGAGGGGAAACACAAGUUUGUGCUCAAGACCCCAAAGGGCACACGGGAUUUUGGCCCCAAGGAAAUGGCCAUCCGUGAGAGGGCCUUCAAAGCCAUCAUCUCGUGCUUCAAGCGCCACGGAGCCGAAGUCAUCGACACGCCGGUGUUUGAGCUGAAGGAGACACUGACAGGGAAAUACGGUGAAGACUCGAAGCUCAUCUAUGAUCUAAAAGAUCAGGGAGGAGAGCUGCUGUCUCUGCGCUAUGACCUGACAGUACCCUUUGCUCGCUACCUGGCCAUGAACAAGAUCACCAACAUCAAGCGCUACCACAUUGCCAAGGUGUACAGGAGGGACAACCCAGCCAUGACCAGGGGCCGCUACCGCGAGUUCUACCAGUGUGACUUUGACAUUGCCGGGCAGUUGAAGAUUGUGCAUGAGAUCCUGAGUGACCUGCAGCUCGGGGACUUUGUCAUCAAGGUCAAUGACCGGCGCAUCCUUGAUGGGAUGUUUGCAGUUUGUGGUGUCCCAGACAGCAAAUUCCGAACCAUCUGUUCCAGUGUUGACAAACUGGAUAAGGUGCCGUGGGAUGAAGUGAGGAGUGAGAUGGUGGGAGAGAAGGGGCUCUCUCCCGAGGCUGCGGAUCGCAUCGGGGAGUAUGUCCAGCUCCAUGGUGGGCUGGAGCUGAUUGAAUGGCUUCUCCAGGACCCAAAGCUAUCCCAGAACAAGCUGGCCAAGGAAGGGCUGGGGGACAUGAAGCUGCUGUUUGAGUACCUGACCCUGUUUGGCAUCACAGGGAAGAUCUCCUUCGACCUGAGCCUGGCACGGGGCCUGGACUAUUACACGGGGGUGAUCUUUGAGGCUGUGCUGCUGCAGCAGGAGAACGAGCACGUGGAGGAGCCCGUCAGCGUUGGGAGCGUGGCUGGAGGCGGCCGCUAUGACGGGCUGGUGGGGAUGUUUGAUCCCAAGGGCCGGAAGGUGCCCUGUGUGGGGGUCAGCAUUGGGAUUGAGCGGAUCUUCUCCAUCCUGGAGCAGAGAUUGGAGGCUUCUGGGGAGAAACUUCGAACAACUGAGACCCAGGUGCUGGUGGCCACGCCACAGAAACACCUGCUUGCUGCCAGACUGAAGCUCAUCUCUGAGCUGUGGGAUGCAGGGAUCAAGGCAGAGAUGCUGUACAAGAAGGAUCCUAAAUUGCUGAAGCAGCUGCAUUAUUGUGAGGACAUGGGGAUCCCCCUUGCUGCCAUUGUGGGAGAACAGGAGCUGGCAGAUGGAGUCGUCAAGCUGCGAGAUGUUGCAACAAGAGAGGAGGUUGAUAUCCCCAGAGAAAAGCUUGUUGAUGAGAUCAGGAGAAGGCUGGAGCCCUGAGAACCUCUCUGGCCGGAGCUGCUUGGCUGAAGUGCUGCACAACUGGAACAACUCCUCCAGCACCCUCAGCCAUUCCCUGCCAGCUGCGGUCUGGGUAACAUCCACUCACCUGGGGAUCAUUGCCUCGGCUAAGGCAGUGAGAACAGAGGAGUAAGAGGGUUUUAAAAGCUAUGGAUGGUUCAGUCACCAGGUUAACCUCCUGGUUAGCUCCUCUGAAGGUUAAGUUUGUGGGUUCCUAACACUGCAGUCCCUGUAUCUGUACAGCCAUUUCCAUCACUGUGGGUGGUGAUGGCCCAGCUCAAACAGGAUCAGGCGGAACUCCUGAUUUGGGACGGGGAAUCUGUGGUGUGUUGGGCACGUGUCAGCUCAGGGCGAGGGGGGCAGUGGAAGGGCACCCCCGCCCCAAUUGGGGCUGCGGGGGCC